CAUUCUUCUCGCCAAGAAAAUUAUAAUAAAAGAUGGAGGAAGUCCUCAGGGAAUCGGCGAGCCCAGUGUUUACCAUGCUGUGGUGGUCAUCUUCCUGGAGUUCUUUGCCUGGGGUCUCCUCACCACACCAAUGCUCACGGUAUUACACCAAACAUUUCCACAACACACAUUCCUGAUGAAUGGGCUAAUUCAUGGAGUCAAGGGCCUACUAUCAUUUCUAAGCGCUCCACUGAUUGGAGCCCUGUCAGACGUAUGGGGACGCAAGUCUUUCCUGCUGCUAACAGUUUUCUUUACGUGUGCGCCCAUUCCACUGAUGAAGAUUAGCCCAUGGUGGUAUUUUGCAGUCAUCUCCAUGUCUGGUGUUUUUGCCGUCACCUUCUCUGUGAUCUUUGCCUACGUGGCAGACAUCACGCAAGAGCAUGAGAGGAGCACAGCGUAUGGUUUGGUUUCAGCGACUUUUGCGGCCAGCCUGGUGACCAGUCCAGCCAUUGGGGCGUACUUGUCUGUGGCCUACGGUGACACAUUGGUGGUGAUCUUGGCUACAGCCAUAGCCUUGCUUGAUAUCUGCUUCAUCCUGGUUGCUGUACCAGAGUCACUGCCAGAGAAGAUGAGACCAGCGUCGUGGGGAGCCCCGAUAUCCUGGGAACAGGCAGAUCCAUUUGCUUCUCUACGUAAAGUGGGCCAAGACUCCACGGUGCUCCUCAUCUGUAUCACAGUGUUCCUCUCCUACCUUCCUGAGGCUGGCCAGUACUCCAGCUUCUUCCUCUAUCUCAGACAGGUUAUAGGCUUCUCUUCAGAGACUGUGGCUGCUUUUAUCGCAGUAGUGGGAAUCCUCUCAAUACUAGCACAGACGGUAGUGUUGGGGAUCUUAAUGAGGUCAAUAGGAAAUAAGAACACGAUUCUGCUCGGCCUCGGCUUCCAGAUCCUCCAGCUUGCGUGGUACGGCUUUGGCUCUCAGCCCUGGAUGAUGUGGGCAGCAGGGGCUGUUGCUGCCAUGUCCAGCAUCACUUUUCCAGCUAUCAGUGCCAUUGUGUCCCGUAACGCAGAUCCAGACCAACAAGGUGUUGUCCAGGGAAUGAUCACAGGAAUCCGAGGCCUCUGUAACGGUCUGGGUCCAGCUCUGUACGGUUUUGUCUUCUACCUGUUUCACGUAGAGUUGUCAGACACAGACGGUUCUGAGAAAGGUGCCAAAUCCAACAUGGCCAACCCCACCGACGAGAGUGCCAUCAUCCCAGGCCCGCCCUUCCUCUUCGGUGCGUGCUCAGUGCUGCUGUCUCUGUUGGUCGCCCUCUUCAUCCCGGAGCACACGGGGACUGGUUCGAGGCCUGGUGCCUACAAGAAGCACAGCAACGGGGCACAGAGUCACUCUCACAGCCCCCAGGGCAGCGGGGCAGAGGGCAAGGAACCACUACUGGAAGACAGCAGUGUAUAACCUUAGCCACAGGGGGCAGACUCGCUCUCUGCCCAGCCAAACCUCCCCCCCUGCACAAAUGGACCUCAGGCACACAUUGGACUGUAGUGCUACAAACGAGGUGUACGUGUCUGUGUUUCUAUCCACAGCACAACAGUGGGCGCUCUUUCCUCAGCAGCUUUUUUUUUAAAGCAGGGUUGUUGUGAGAGCCCGGACCAUGAGAGUGUGAGUGUUUUUCAGGCUGCACUGGAGAGGUGUGUGUGUGUGUGUGUGUGUGACUUGGCAGAGCUGGACUUUAAUACGUGGUUUCUAUAAAACGUUAACACAGUAGGAAAUACAGCAUUGCUCCCCCUCCUGGUGGAAAAACAACCAGUGUAAACCGGUGUGUGCAGACGACGAAGAGUCACAAAAUUCCGUGUGAUGUUUAUUUUUUUUUCCCCCUCGAGUCAGAGUCAAUGUGUCACUUGUCAGUCCAUCAACAAUCUAACAAACGGUGAAAAACUCCCCUCCCACCUCAAACCAACCACAGCUUCGAGAAAGAACGGAGCAGGGAGGCACAGUAACCUGUGUCUGUGUGGAGCAGCGACAGAGGAGAAGCCGCCAAAUGACACUUAGGACGGGGGUCAGACGCCACCGCAUAUAAGACCACACUCUUCCUUAAAUAUCACACCUCUCUCAGACGACAGAGACCAGUCUAUGAGCUGAAACAGUUUUACAAUGUUUACGUCUAGGAGUCGUACUCCUGGGUUGUACCUUUUUUUUUGUCUCCUCAUAGUUUUAGUCAAGAUACAAACGUUGCCUUGAAGUAACUCUAUAUACAGUAUAUAUAAUUAUAUAUAUACACACACACACACAUUUUAUAACCUGGAUGAAGACCCCGGUCUGAGAAGGCUCUGUGAUCAUAUGCUAUCGCUCCCAUUGGAGUCGUUCCUCACUUAUAUAAAAAAAAAACCUGUUUCUUUUUAUGACGUCUGAGUUUCUCAGAUUGCUGACAUUUAUUUAGGACACGGUUGAGGCUUCCUGAUCACCAUCUCAGAGCGACUUUGAGUUAAUAUAGGUGAUAAAUCAAUGAUGUUUUGCUGCAGGUGUAGAGGUUAGAAAAAACAACAAUGAUUUGAGCAGGUGUAACUCGAUUUCUAGUUUGGUGUAGUUCCACACACGUCACAACCAGGACUAAGAAUGGGAAAAACAGGAGGGCAAGUACCAGCAGCAUGUUUCCAUCACAGUGGAUGAGAAGCUCCUUCGAUUUAACCAGAUGUUACAGCUGCAGCUGACAAAAGGUCACCCAUGGUUUCACUCGGUUCAUUCUGCCGUUCAAACUGAGUUCCUACUGUAAUCCCAGCUGGAGCUGAUCAGCAUAAUCCAGAUUAUUAUAUCCAGGUUUUCCACAUUCAAUCAUAGAGAUGACAACAGGAAGAAGAAUUGGUUGCUUUUUUUAAUUGUGCUAGAAUAAAAAUACACAUUUGGAAAUGUUAAUGUUUAUAUCAUCAUGAACUCAUAAUAAUCUUUUUGCGUGUUGCUGAUUUUUCUCUCAUUUUGACUCAUGCCAGUUCAAACUCUCCAGUAACAGUGGGUUUAAUUCUGUUUUGCUUUUUUUUUUUUGGUGCAUUUAUUUGUUUUGUGCCAAACUAUUUGUGUUUGUUUUGGUUUUCCUACACCUGUGUGAUUGAAUGGCGUGGCUAUUCGCUUCUAUUUUUUCUGCCUUUCUUUGGCUGAAAUUUCAAUUUUAAUGCUCUUAUUUUUAUACAUGUAUUUUUUUUUAUAACAUCAGUCAUUUUAAGAAGUCUUUUUCAGCUUCACCAUUUGAAGGAAGAAAUGUUCAGACCACCUCCUUUAGCAGUCGUCUGUUAAUAACAAGCAUGUCUCCCCGGUCGGUUACUAGUGUGGCGUUCAUAGUCGGUCGCUGAUCGUACCAGUUGAGCUGCAUGUGUUUACCACACGCAACACCUUAACAUUUUCAUAUGCCUGUCACCUUUAGUUAUUUAAGAGGGGAUGUUACUUUAGUGGACGCUGUUACUGUUUAUCUUUUGUGGAUUUUUUUUUUUUUUUCUAUGUGUGUGUGUCUCCUUUAUCAUCAUUGGACCAACAAAGUUCAUUCAGAUUCUGCAUACAUUGGUAAGAUUCUACACCAGCCCCGUGUGCAGAAGAUUCUGGAUUGACUAAAAAUCAAGUGAAAGGACAGUAAAUGUAUAUAUUUGUUGCUCAAAAAGUCAACCACUUCUGGGUCUGUUUGGGUUUAAGGUCCAGUUAUAAGAAUAGAUUCCUCCAGACCUACCUGCUACUAACCACUCUUGGUUUUUCAGUACGAACGUGGUCUGUGGCCUGAACUCCCCCCACCCCUCUCUCUGUGUGCCUAAAAUUAGCCAAGAAAUGAGUGUGGCAACAUAAGGACAUGGUGGUUAUGAUGUAAAUAUGGGAAACUAAUGACAAACUAUUUAUUAAAGGUUUAUUGUACAAUGAUU